AUGUUCGGCUUGAGACCUUUAGAGCAACAGAUCUUGGUAGCCAAAACUAUAGACACCAGCCCGGACGAUGCCACAAAACAGCAAGACAGACACCAGGACUGGAAAGGAAUCCAAAAUCUAACACACUUUUCAGAGAGGAGAAAGCAUAAUAUAGUAAUGUCUCACCCUGAGAAAGAGGAGGAGGCGGCAUUGCCUGAAAGUACCCCGUCUGUCUGUCCAGAUAGCACAAUGACAUCCCAUCUGAAGUAUAUCUCUUUAGGCAUCCUGGUGUUUCAGACUACCAGCCUGGUUCUCACUAUGCGCUACUCCCGCACGCUUAAGGAGGAGGGUCCCCGGUACUUGUCUUCUACUGCUGUAGUGGCUGCUGAGCUGCUGAAGAUUGUAGCAUGCAUCUUUUUGGUCUACAAGGACAACAGUUGUAAUUUGAGAGCCUUGAAUCGAGUCAUUCAUGAUGAAAUUAUCAAUAAACCCAUGGAGACCCUAAAGCUUGCCAUACCUUCUGGGAUCUACACCCUGCAAAAUAACCUUCUGUAUGUUGCACUGUCAAAUCUUGAUGAUGCAGCAACUUAUCAGGUAACCUAUCAACUUAAAAUCCUUACUACUGCUCUGUUCUCAGUGUCGAUGCUUCAGAGAAAGCUGACAAAAUAUCAGUGGCUUUCUUUGUUAAUCCUAAUGGCGGGAGUAACGCUAGUCCAGUGGCCAGCAGAUGCCCCUAGUUCUCCUUCAAAAGAAGUAUCUGUGGGUUCACGGUUUGUUGGGCUUAUGGCUGUCCUCACUGCUUGCUUUUCAAGCGGGUUUGCUGGUGUCUACUUCGAAAAGAUCCUUAAGGAGACUAAGCAGUCAGUGUGGAUUAGGAAUAUACAGCUUGGUUUCUUUGGUGGGAUAUUUGGUCUGAUGGGAGUAUUUAUUUAUGAUGGUGAUCGUGUUUCAAAGGAAGGCUUCUUUCAGGGCUACAAUAACUUGACCUGGACAGUUGUAGCCCUUCAGGCUCUGGGUGGUUUGGUCAUUGCUGCUGUUAUUAAAUAUGCUGACAACAUCCUGAAGGGUUUUGCCACAUCUCUCUCAAUCAUAUUUUCAACACUAAUUUCCUACUUUUGGCUUCAGGACUUUGUACCCACAAGUGUGUUCUUCAUUGGAGCAGUGUUUGUGAUUUCAGCUACAUUCUUGUAUGGAUACGACCCCAAGCCAUCUGUGAAUGCAAGUAAAGCAUGA